AUGGCCCAGGGCACAUCAGAUCAACAGUCCUCGGGCGGCGGGGGCGGGGUGGGCGCCGGCGCACCUUCACAGGCGAUGAGGGCCGCGGGGCCGGGCACAACGGCACAGACCCAGACGCAACAACAAACACAGUCACCAAUCCUACGGUUGCGCGGCGCGCAGAGGGAUCGGGGCCCCCGGGUCCAGUGGGCGGAGAGCGUGGUGGACAACGAGGGCAUGGGGAAGAAGUCCUCAAAGGUAUGCUGCAUCUACCACGCGCCCAAGGCGGUCGACGAGUCUAGCGAUGAGUCCUCCUCCGACUCUUCCAGCUCGUCAUCAUCCGACGAAGACUCCGAUUCGGGCGAGGGGCCCUCGCGCCGCGCAGACGGGGACCAGGUGGGCAAAGACUGCGGUCACAGCCACAGCCACAAGCACGGUCGCGGCCGUCGGAAGGGCGACGAGGGGCGGAGGAAGAGGAAGCCCAGCCCGAAUGCCUACGAGAAGGUGCCGAAGCCGAAGCCCAAGGAUGGGCCCGGGGGCUCGGGCCCUGUCGGGACCGGCUGA